CCAUUCUCCACCCUGAGUUCCUACCCAGGCUGCCUGGCCAGGGCCACUGCCUCAUCAGCAUGCAGGAGGCUGCCCUGUAGGGAACCCCAGCUCUGAGGCUUGGGGGUGAGGGUCAGCCCUGGACAGACCUCUGCCCAGGGAACUGCUCCAUGGGGUCUGGGAGAGCAGCCAUCCCCGGCUGGCACCACAGACCCACACAAGGAGCCUGCACAGCAAGCCAGCGGUGACACACCUGCAGGUGUCAGGCAUGGCACUGGGCACAACAGGGACCUGGCAGGAGAAACAGACCACAGAGAGGUCUGGAGUUGAGGCUGUCGUCAGCAAAGCCCCUGGUCCCACACAGCUCUGCCCUAGAGCCACCUCUUUGACCCUUUACCCACCCGGAGACCAGAACCCGCAGCCCCUCUGCAGAUCUCCUCUGGCCACUGCACCCCUCCAGUGGGCUUUUUCUCUGAUGCACUCCCUGGCCUGGAGGGGUCAGGGACCCCACAUCCUCUCUGCUCCUCAGACUCACACCCCCUCCAUGUUACCUCCCGCACCUCCUCCCUGGGGCAGCUGCUCCCUGGACCUCUGAGGAUGUCAGCUCCUGGCUCCCUGCCUGUCUCCCACUGCACUCCGGGCUCAGUCUGAGAGAUGUCUAUGCCCUCAUGCCUUCUACCCCUGCCUUUCUGGCCUCUUGAUUCUCGGCUUGCCACUCCUCCAAUUCCAAACUUAGUGAAAUGGCCUUAAGCAUUUUAAACUGUAUGUAUAAAUAUAGCGCAUUCAUGCCUUUUUAAAAGCAUUUCAAAUGUCAACUAGGAAGCCACACCACUGUAUUAGUUCUAUACUGCCGCUGUAAAAUUUACCACAAACUUAGUGGCUUAACACAAAUUUAUUGCAAUUCUGUAGGCUGGAAGUCUGACUACGGGUCUCACUGGACUAGAAUCAAGGCUGGCAGGCUGCCUUCCUUCCUGGAGGUUCUAGGGGAGACUCCGUCUCCUGCUCCUUCAGGCUGCUGGCAGAAUCCACAUCCUUUCGGUUGCAGGGCCAAGGUCCCCACUUUCUUGCUGAUUGUAAACUAAGGCCACUUCCAGCUUGUAGAAGCUGCCUACAUUCCUUGGCUCUUGGCCCCCUCCUCCAUCUUCAAAGCUAGCAGGUUCAGUCUGUGUCACGAACCAUUUCUCUGGUUCUCUGCAGACAGGAAAGGUUGUCCCUAAGGACUCAUGAGAUUAGGUUGGGCCCAGCCAGAUAAUACAGGAUAAUCUCUCUCCUCAAGGUUUUUAAUAUUAAACACAUCUGCAGGACACAUUUUGCCACGUAAACUAACAUUCACUGGUUCCAGGGAUUAAGGAAUGAACCUCUUUUGUUGGGGAAGGGUGGCAUUCUGCUGACCACAGCACUCCAACCAAAAGCCAAAAACCAAAGCAAGACUUACUAACGCAUAUCAAAUAAAUUAAAUGUACAAAAUAGUGAAUCUCAGUUAUCUUAAAUAUUCCAAUACUAUUCACAAAAUUAUUCAAAUUCUCACGCCUUCCAACUCAAAAUUAGCAAUCUAAAGUAAUUUCCAUAUCCUAGAUGGAAACCCUCAUGCUAAACUGUCUGAUUAUGCAUGGUCCUAAAUGGUUUCAGUGGCAAAUACAUAACAUUGUACUACUGAUUAAACUGAACUUAAAAGCAUCAAUACUACCAUUGUUGCACUUAAUCAUGUCUCUGUUGAAUUUUUCCUAAGUUUUAUCUUUUCAGAAUUAUAUGUGUAUUGUUUUUAAAGUAGAAUGGUUUUCUUUUUUUGAGGCCAAUAAUAAAUAACAAAUGCAGGCUCCUACUCUGAUCCUCUCCAAAUUCAAUUCUCUUAACUGUUUCUUCGGGCAUUUGAAAUCCAUGUUUUUCAAAAUCAUGAGCAUGCUUUUAGUCCUGUUUAUUAGUUUUUCUACAUUAGAUGUCCCCAGCCGGCAUCCUCUGGGAGGAGGGCAGUCACCUGCCUCAAUCUCCUGGUGGCAUCUUUCCAGUGUUAUGGGCAUCACAGCUGCAUGGGUGUUAUUACAGCUUCAUUACCACACGUCUCAGGAGAGAACAGGGUGUUCUAGGAUGGCAUUUCUUGCACAACUUUUUGUUUUCCCUGGAGUUAAUAAUUGCCUAUUUUUUGUUUGCCUAGUUUUCUAUAUGUGUUUGUCAUUGAUUCAUCUUUAGACUUUCCUGAAGAAGCAUGAGGAUCCUGUCACAGCUGAGGACUCAUCACAUAACUGACUGCUCAGUUUCUUUUCAUGGAGCCCCCACCAUACAAGCCCCCUGCCCAGGCUACUUGUUCUUGGACUUACAGCCCAGCUGUCAGCAUGGGUUAACUCUUCACCAGUGUCCUGGAAUGCUUUCCUCUUCCUUCAUUUGCCCUGUUUGAGAAGGACCAUCCUCCAAGUUUCCUGAGAGGGUGCACAGGAAGUUGCGGAGUCUUUACCUGUUUGUCUUUAUGCUAACCUCACAUAUGCUUGACAGUGUAACUAGCUACAAAAAGCUUGGCUUGGUUGAAAACCAUUUAUUCCCAGGAUUUCGAGGGUAUCGUGUCAUUUUCUUCUAGUUCCAAGAACUCUUGUGCCUUUCUGAAUUCUGACUCUACCUAUGAUCUCUUCUUUUCCUUUGCCCCGUUACUUUGGCAAUUCUCAAUGAUGUGUCUUGAUAUACAACUUCCCUUUCACCCACUGUUCAGAAAACAUGACUGGUUCUAGGAAAUUUUCUUGAUUUAUCUCUGUUGAUUUCUCUCAUUUCCUUAUUUUCUGGACAAUUUAUUUAGAUGUUCGACUUCUGUUUUUUGAGUUUUUGUUUCUGUUUUUUGUUUUUUUGAGACAGGGUCUGGCUCUGUCACCCAGGCUGGAGUGCAGUGGUGUGAUCACACAGCACUGCAACCUCCAUCUUCUGGGCUCCAGCAAUCCUCCCACCUUAGCCUCUCUAGUAGCUAGGACUACAGGCGUGUGCCACCAUGCCCAGCUGGUUUUUUAAAAUUAUUUUUUGUAGAGACAUGGCCUCGCUAUAUUGCCCAAGCUGGUCUUGAACCCCUGGGUCCAAGUGAUCCUCCUACCUCAGCCUCCUGAAGUGCUGGGAAGGCAGGCAUGAGCCACUGUGCCUGACCUGGACUUCUCUUUUGAGAUGCAGUCAUGGUGGCGGCAAGAACACAGGCUCUGGAGCCAUUCUACUGCUGCUCCCUGCCUUGUGAUAUUGCCCAUCAGUGAAAACGGGGAUAACAGCUGUAUCCACUGCAUUGCACUGGGUUGUGAGGAUCCCAUGAGUGAAUGUGUGUAAGAACAGUGCUGGGCACCAUGCAUCUUGCGUGCACAUUAUUGCCAAGGGAAGGUGUCCCCAGAGGGUGGUGCCUGUGGCUUCCUCUGGUGGUGGUGGCAGACCAGCACCCCCACCUCCCAUCCACCCCCUCCAUUGUGGAGGCCUUGUGUGCCAGGCUGGCCCUAAGAGCACCCACCUGUGUUACUGCUAUUCUGUUUUCCAGCUAUCUGGUUCUGUCAUUAUACAUUCUGGAAGACUUCAUCUUAAAAGCCUAUUGAAUUGCUCACUUUCCCCUCAUGUUUUAUUUCUAAGAGCUCUUUCUCAUCCUGAGGUUUCUUUCUCUACAGCCCCCAGUUCCUUUUUAUUGACUGUAAUAUCUCUGAGAAUGGCAUUUUAGUUUUCAUUUUUCUUCGGCUUCCUUUAUUGUCUCUGUUUCUUCUGAGUCCCUUUUCUUUCUCAGGUGUCUGGUGAUCCUGGGCUGUCCAGUUGCAUUUAAGAGUGAGAUACUUUUAGUGGCUGGGGCUUAUGACCUGGUGAGCUUCGAGGCCAGAGAUCUGGCUGGGCCAUUCUACUGGGCAACACUCUGCCCCUAGCUGCCCUGCCAGUCUUUUCUUUUGAGCUAGGAGCUGUUGCAGAGAGGAGCCCUCCCCUCUGAGAAGCCUGAUGGCAUGCGGGUGGUCAGACCCAGCCCAGGGGUGGAGGCAGGGAUAGGACCCAGAGUCUCACUUACUCCCAGGCUUUCAGACAGGGCCUUGCUUGAGCGGGGCCUCAGAGCUCCUCUCCCGGAGUUCCCAUCUCAGACACUGCAGUGCCUGCCAGCCCCGGUGGGUAGGGACAGAGGUCUGGGGAUUCCUUUCUGUAGCUGUGCUUUCACCCACGACCCUCAAGACACUGGCCUCCAUAGCCGGGUGGGCUGGAGUAGCUCUCGCUGUCCACCUUCCUCCAGCUCUACAAUAUCCCAGCUCUUUGCCCUUGCAGUGUUUGUCUUUAUAAAACCCCUUUCCUAUAAUUUCAGGGGGUUUCAGGAGGUAGGCGGGGAAUAUUCUGCCCUACUUAAGUAGAGGUGUCUGUAUUAAAUUCUGAACGUUCCCAGGGUUGAAAGGAGGCCUGCCCGGGAUGCCCUGUGGCCUCAGGCAGCUGAAGGUGCCUGAGCUUACAGAUGUGGCUUCUUCGGAUGACCGAGUUGGGGUCUCGGGACCGGGUGCAGCAGAUGGCAAAUGUCCAGGACAGGCAGCUUUCCCAGCAGUACUGAUAGACACCUUGGGCCAUGAAUGCCAGUUCGGGGACUAAGGGGGCCUGCGGGCUGCGGGCCUAGCGACUGACGUCAGCCAAACUACGGUCAUCGGUUCCCUGGAAGGAGAAAAGGCUGCCAAUUGAGCGAGGCCUCCCGGCCCCAAGGAUGUCGCGACGCGGGGACGACGCAUCUCACGACGUGAGCCUGAAACACGCGGGACUUUCAUCACCCGAGACUCCUCCAGCCCAGGAGGGCCCCGCUCUUUCCCCUGCCUCCUGGGGGAGAGCCUCUGGACGACGCCCGCGACGGCGUUUUCUCCAAAAAAGGCAGAAAAGAGAAGCGUAGCAGUGGCCGCAAGGGCGACGGGCGGCGAAGGGUACCACGCGGAGAGACACGCCCAACUCGAGUCCCGCGGCGCACGGCCCCAGACGCCCAAGGUGCGCGGGCCACGCCCCUCGCCCGCCCAAGAGCACGCCCCUUCCGUCGCCCCUCCCGAGGGCGUUAACCGUUCCUCCCCGUUCCGGAAGCGCGUUCUUAUCUCCUUCCUCGCGAGAGUUCCAUGCGCCGGCGCCCAGAUUGCGCGAGACAGCGGAAGGAGCAAGAGUGGGUGGUGCGCGCGGCGGCCGCGACGGACGCAAGAUGGCGACGGCGACCAUAGCUCUCCAGGUCAAUGGCCAGCAAGGAGGGGGGUCCGAGCCGGCGGCGGCGGCAGUGGUGGCAGCGGGAGACAAAUGGAAACCUCCACAGGGCACAGACUCCAUCAAGAUGGAGAACGGGCAGAGCACAGCCGCCAAGCUGGGGCUGCCGCCCCUGACGCCCGAGCAGCAGGAGGCCCUUCAGAAGGCCAAGAAGUACGCCAUGGAGCAGAGCAUCAAGAGCGUGCUGGUGAAGCAGACCAUCGCGCACCAGCAGCAGCAGCUCACCAAUCUGCAGAUGGCAGCAGUGACAAUGGGCUUUGGAGAUCCUCUCUCACCUUUGCAAUCGAUGGCGGCUCAGCGGCAGCGGGCGCUGGCCAUCAUGUGCCGUGUCUACGUGGGCUCUAUCUACUACGAGCUGGGGGAGGACACCAUCCGCCAGGCCUUUGCACCCUUUGGCCCCAUCAAGAGCAUCGACAUGUCCUGGGAUUCCGUCACCAUGAAGCACAAGGGCUUUGCCUUCGUGGAGUAUGAGGUCCCCGAAGCUGCACAGCUGGCCUUGGAGCAGAUGAACUCGGUGAUGCUGGGGGGCAGGAACAUCAAGGUGGGCAGACCCAGCAACAUAGGGCAGGCCCAGCCCAUCAUAGACCAGCUGGCUGAGGAGGCACGGGCCUUCAACCGCAUCUACGUGGCCUCUGUGCACCAGGACCUCUCAGACGAUGACAUCAAGAGUGUGUUUGAGGCCUUUGGCAAGAUCAAGUCCUGCACACUGGCCCGGGACCCCACAACGGGCAAGCACAAGGGCUACGGCUUCAUUGAGUAUGAGAAGGCCCAGUCGUCCCAAGAUGCUGUGUCCUCCAUGAACCUCUUUGACCUGGGUGGCCAGUACUUGCGGGUGGGCAAGGCCGUCACACCGCCCAUGCCCCUACUCACACCCGCCACACCUGGAGGCCUCCCACCUGCCGCUGCUGUGGCAGCUGCUGCAGCCACUGCCAAGAUCACAGCUCAGGAAGCAGUGGCCGGAGCAGCGGUGCUGGGUACCCUGGGUACACCUGGACUAGUGUCCCCAGCGUUGACCCUGGCCCAGCCCCUGGGCACUUUGCCCCAGGCCGUCAUGGCUGCCCAGGCACCUGGAGUCAUCACAGGUGUGACCCCAGCCCGUCCUCCUAUCCCGGUCACCAUCCCCUCGGUGGGAGUGGUGAACCCCAUCCUGGCCAGCCCUCCGACGCUGGGUCUCCUGGAGCCCAAGAAGGAGAAGGAAGAAGAGGAGCUGUUUCCCGAGUCAGAGCGGCCAGAGAUGCUGAGCGAGCAGGAGCAUAUGAGCAUCUCGGGCAGUAGCGCCCGCCACAUGGUGAUGCAGAAGCUGCUCCGCAAGCAGGAGUCUACUGUGAUGGUUCUGCGCAACAUGGUGGACCCCAAGGACAUCGAUGAUGACCUGGAAGGGGAGGUGACAGAGGAGUGUGGCAAGUUCGGGGCGGUGAACCGCGUCAUCAUCUACCAAGAGAAACAAGGCGAGGAGGAGGAUGCGGAAAUCAUUGUCAAGAUCUUUGUGGAGUUUUCCAUAGCCUCCGAGACUCAUAAGGCCAUCCAGGCCCUCAAUGGCCGCUGGUUUGCUGGCCGCAAGGUGGUGGCUGAAGUGUACGACCAGGAGCGUUUUGAUAACAGUGACCUCUCUGCGUGACAGUGGCCCCUCUCCCCGGACUUGCACUUGUUCCUUGUUUCCUCUGGGUUUUAUAGUGAUACGGUGGUGUCCCCGGGGCCAGGCGCACUCUGCCCAGCCCAGUCUAUAGUGCGGAUAAAGGUGCGGAUGCUGCUGGCCCUGAA